GUCGUGGAAUCUCGUUCAUCGGUCUGUUUCACUGGGGACAAAAUUGGAGCAUCUUCAGCGACCUGUUGCCGGGCUACCAGCGCCAUCCCGAACCCGGAGGUGACACUCGGGAGUCAGAGAUGUAACGAAACUACGUGAAAAGGAAGCCUGCUCUAAGAAGAGUUCAACAUGUCCUCUGAAGAGGAGACUUCUCAGACUUCCUCCUCCUCCUCCUCAUCACCUCCUUCAGCCUCACACUUCAUCGGGAAGAAGGAGGACAUUGUGAAGGCAGGGCGCGUGACCAAGCUGGUGAAUGGAUCCAGAGAUAUACUGGUCCUGUACCACCAGGGGAAGCUUCAUGCAAUGGACAUGCGCUGCUACCACUCAGGUGGUGCAUUACAGUAUGGAGACAUUGAGGAGUUUAAUGGGCGGCUAUGCAUCGUGUGUCCGUGGCACAAGUACAAGAUCACACUUGCAGAAGGGGAAGGGCUAUACCAAGCUGUGGAUGAUCCUACAGCCAAACCCCUGAGAACAAAUUGGCGUUCCAAGGGUGUCAAACAGAGGAUUCACAAGGUCACUGAGGUCAACGGGGAUGUAUAUGUAGUGCUGAACAACUCCAGCGAGGCCAUCGACUCAGACGCCUACCAGACUGAGAAAUACAGGACUGUCCUACUCAAGGCUGAGCCAAAACCCAAGCCCAAGAAAUAGCUAGAUACUCGAGGAUUCGUUAAUUAUACGACUAAAAAUACUUGGAUGCUUCAAGGACAAUUUGGAAAAGCUUUGUUUUUAAUAGGGGAAACAUCAAAAGCUUCAAGAGGAGGAUGUUCAGGAUUUGUAUUGUUUCAGUCUGGUUUGUAGAAAACAUUGCAUUAUUGCAGAUAUUGAUCAAAUCAGUAAAUAUUUAAUGUAUAAAUUUCUGGCCUUUUUGACUAUAUUCAAAAACAUUUUGUUUUGUUACAGAAUAUUGGGGAUUAUAACUAUUAAAUAAUUUUGAAAAAUAUACUGUUUAUUUUUGGUAGAAACUAUUACUGAUUAUUUUUAUGUCGCCGCAAGUUUCUCCUGUAGAGUAGGUAAUCCGAUCAGAUUUUGUAGUACCUUCCUGCAAAAUUGCAUAUUAAAGUUUUUUGUUAAUA